CUCGACCGUCUGCAAGAUAACUUUUCUCUGGUGCUAGCUUUGCCCUUACGAAUGAAUCAUGGCUUUUGUUGCUACGGCGAGGCAUAACGUGAAGCUUGCGACGUUGAUAUCACGGAAAAUGUAUAGCAACGGCAACGGCACUGCUGGUGCACUGAAUGAGGUUGUAAUUGCCUCGUUUGCAAGGACACCUAUUGGGUCGUUCAGGAGUUCUUUGGCUGCUGUUCCUGCCACGCGGCUGGGUUCUGUUGCUAUCAAGGGAGCCAUCGAAAGGGCAGGGAUCUCAGCCGACGAUGUCCAGGAGGUGUUCAUGGGCAACGUCAUCUCUGCUGCCGGAGGCCAGGCACCUGCGAGGCAGGCUGCCCUCGGGGCAGGCGUGUCGCAGUCGACGCCAUGCACGACCAUCAACAAGGUGUGUGCCUCUGGAAUGAAGGCCAUCAUGCUGGCAGCGCAGAGCCUCAUGUGCGGAGCUCAGGAGGUGAUGGUGGCAGGAGGCAUGGAGAGCAUGUCCAACGUUCCCUACUACCUGGCACGGGGCGAGACUCCUUAUGGCGGAGUGCAGCUGACGGAUGGUAUCGUCUACGAUGGCCUGACUGAUGCCUACGACAGGAUCCACAUGGGUGCUUGUGCAGAGCAAACCGCCAAGAAGUAUGAGGUGUCGAGGCAAGACCAAGACAAUUUUGCCAUCGAAAGUUACAAGAGAAGUGAAGCUGCAGCAAAGGCUGGAGUUUUCGCCAAGGAGAUAGUGCCAGUCACCAUAUCUGGGAAGCGUGGCAAACCAGACACCGUGGUCAGCGAGGACGAGGAAUAUAAGAAAGCCAACUUCGAGAAAUUUGGCUCGGUUCCAACCGUGUUCUUGAAGGACGGAGGAACUAUCACGGCAGCCAAUGCCAGCACCCUGAACGAUGGUGCUGCUGCGUGUGUCCUGAUGACCAGGCAAGCAGCAAACAGGCUUGGAGUGAAGCCCAUUGCUCGAAUUGUUGGAUUUGCAGACGCUGCAGUCGAGCCAGUGCACUUCUCUAUUGCUCCUGCCUACGCAAUGCCAAAGGUUCUGAAGCAGACUGGCGUGAAGUUGGAGGACAUUUCCAUGUUUGAGAUAAACGAGGCCUUCAGUUCCGUCGUUCUGUGCAACAUGAAGCACCUGAAGCUAGACCAGUCCAAAGUCAAUGUCCACGGUGGUGCUGUCAGCCUGGGGCACCCCAUUGGAAUGUCUGGAGCGAGGAUCGUGGGCCGCAUGGCAGUGCAGCUCCAGCCCGGACAGCUGGGCCUCGCCGGCAUCUGCAAUGGCGGUGGUGGCGCCUCUGCCUUGCUGCUCGAGAAGCUGAACCCUGAUGGCAGGCAGCUUGACCUACCCACCUUAACAUUGUACACAAAGCACCCCUGUCCCCUUUGCGACGUCGCGAAAGAACAGCUGCGUGAGCUCCUACCUAAAGUUCAUUUUGUUGAAGUGGACAUCGAGGGGCCUGGAAACGAGGCUUGGAGGCAGUGCUACCGCUAUGACAUUCCAGUCUUUCAUUUGAAUGGAGAGUUCCUGAUGAAGCACAAGGCCGACCCACACCUCUUGGCUGAGAAACUAGCUCUAAUGGAAUCCAACAAAAAUUGAAAACUUUCUGAAAUGUGCAAUAAAUGUCCAUGUUUAUGCCUGUGAA